UUUACGUUAGUUACAUUCAUGUCUUCGUUAAAAAUGCCUUUUAGGAGAACAAAUCGAUCGGUGUAUGUUUUUUUUUAAUGUCUUAUGGUGAACUUGCAAAAGAUACGUGGAUAAAAUUAAGGUGUUGUCAUCGAGAUGCUGCACUUAGAAGACAAAAAAAAUGUUUUAUAAGUGAAGCUGCUGCUGAAAUAAUUAAGCAAUGGACAUUUCAAAAACAAAUGUCAUUUUUGUUGCCAUACAUAACAAAUAGAAAAAAGGAGACUAAUUUGGUAGAUAGUGGGGAUGAAGACUCAGCUACUCCAAUGCAAAAUGUCAUUGUAGACCCAGAGGUAAGUGAAGUGUCAGAAAAUAAUUAUCAGGGGUCAUCAAUCGUGAAAAAUGAAAAUUACGUAUUAAUUGAAUUCAAUGAAGAUAGAGAUACGGUUUUCAUAGAGCCACAGAAUAAUCAAAUGAAAAAAAAAUGACAUAGGCAACUUAAUACAACAAUCUAUUAUAAAUCGAGAACAUAGGGCAAAAGCAAGGGCGAUUGAGCGUAAAAGGUUGGAGGACUCAAUACCUUUGAAUGAUCCACUUAAUCAUUUCUUUUUUUCAAUGUAUCACACCACGAAAAAAACUACCACUAGCAUCUCAACUCAGAGUAAAAAAUAAAAUAUUUGAGACCGUUUCGGAAGCUGAGACAGCUCUUUUGGAUAUCCCGAACACUUCAUUCAACAUCAUUUAGACAGAGAAAAUCAGUCUAUUUCCACGUGGCAAUUCAUAGGAGACUCUUCCAGUUUUCAUGAAAGUUUUAUGUCCAAUAGUUCUAUGGAUACACAGCUUGUGGAGAUCGAAGUGA